CAGAGAAACAUCAGACGAAUUUGGACAUCCCUACCACACACGUGGAAUUAAUCAUUCAUUCUGACAUUCAGAAAAAGAGGUUGUAUCUUAAUUUUUUCGUCCGUCCUUUGUAUGAAAAUAAAGUAAUGGAUCCCGACGGAGACCUCCCUGUAUUGUUGGAAACGAGUGAAACAAACCUCCCUCACCAAUCUUUCCAUGAAAGCAGCACAAAUGUUAGUGUAGCCGAUUCGGCAGCUGCAACCAUGGGAAGCGAGUCUUUUAGAGAAUUUAGUGAUCGCGGUCAAAUUAGCAGCAACUCUUCUUCCGACAGUGAUGUCUCUGAUGAGGAGUCUUUUGUUGAAUCAGGUUGUAACAGUAAUAAACCAUCCUCCAACCAAGAUCGCUUUAAUGAAAGUGGCAUGAGCAGUGAUGAAGACUGGGUUGAAGAACCUUGUGCAGAUGAACCCAUGCAUAAUAUCAAGUGCCUUUUCUGUUGCGAAAUCCUGUCAAAUGCCCAUUCUGUAUUGGAGCAUUGCCAAACUGUGCAUCACUUUAGCUUGGCUGCUCUGCAGAAAAAACAUGGAAUGGAUCAAUAUAGUUUCAUCAGGCUGAUCAAUUUCAUUCGCUCAUGUAGUGCUACUUCCAGGGAAGUCAUGGAUAUGGACAUGCCUAUUUGGGAACAAGACAAGUUUAUGAUGCCUGUCAUUGAGGAUGAUGCUCUUCUCAUGUAUGAUUUUGAUGGAGAUGGAGACAUUCCUAAGGGAUCUGCAUCGGAAGUCGUUUCAACAGCGACUUCGUCUGAUAGCGACAAUUUGAAGGUUCAAACUGAGGGGCAAAUGUUUUCAAACUUCCGAGUGGCGAAUGCAGAAGGUGGCCAUGUGACACUGAGUCAAUCUCAUUUUGACGAUUUGCACGCCACCCUUCAAAGAAUGCAGCUGGUUGUCGACGAAUCCAAUGCUACUUUGAAGCAGUAUCAAAAAGAUAUGGAAUCUAUGCGCAAGGCAAUGAAACACAUGGUCAUGGGAGAUAAACAAAAAGAGGAGGAAGAUCUUGCCGCAUUGCGUUGUGAGGAAGAAGAGGAUGAGGAAGAUGGUUAUUUCUCUGGUUAUGCACAUUUUAGCAUUCACCACGACAUGCUUGCCGACAAACCGAGAACAGACAGCUAUCGUGACGCCAUCAUUAAAAAUAGCCAUAUGAUGAAGGAUAAGAUUGUUUUGGAUCUGGGGUGUGGAACUGGCAUCCUGUCGAUGUUUGCGGUUCAAGCCGGUGCUUCGAAGGUUAUUGGAGUGGACCAAUCGCAGAUCAUUUUUAAUGCUAUGGCUAUUAUAAGGGAGAACAAGAUGGAAAACAAGAUCAAACUGGUUCGUGGGAAAAUCGAAGAAGUUACCUUGAAUGAACCUAUGGUCGAUGUGCUAGUUUCGGAAUGGAUGGGAUACUUUCUUCUUUUUGAAGGCAUGCUGGAUAGUGUUAUUCAUGCUAGGAACAAAUACCUUGCUCCCGACGGCCUUAUGCUCCCCAAUUCCUGCACUAUUUCGAUGAUGGCCAUUGGGGAUUCUGAGCGCUACUCUGAAAUGGUGAGAUUUUGGGACGAUGUGUACGGAUUGAAAAUGACAUCGAUGCGGCCCGAAGUUCUCCGUGAAGCAUCGAUCGAAACUGUUCCAGUGGAUAAGAUUCUUAGCGAUCCAUCACUAGUACUUCAGUUAGAUCUGAAAACAUGUACAUCGCAGGAAACAGAAUUUUUCAGAGUCUUCCAAUUGAAAAUGACACGGGAGGAUAAACUGACUGCUUUGGUUGGUUCGUUUGACGUCACAUUCCAUUUGGAUCACACGGUUCUGCUUUCUACUUCGCCUUACAGCUCGCCUACUCACUGGAAACAGACAGUUUUUUAUUUGCCUGAGCCCAUAACCGUGCAUACAGGACAAGUUCUCGACUGCAGCAUCAAAGUUCAGCGUCACAGUAAAGAAGUCCGCUGGCUUGAUGUGACCAUAACUAUUAACGGAGAAAAAUUCAAAUACAGCCUUAGCUGAACACCAUCUUUUUAUAUGUAAUAUCCAUACCAACAAUAUUUUCAUCGAUACCGUGCUUGUUACUCAGUACAACAUGUACAACAUGUA